AGUAGCCUGCGAAUGCAGAGUGGAGAAAUUGAGAAACUCUGAGGAUUAAGGGAGCAGCCCAUUGGGCAAACCCUGUGCGGGAAAUGCCAGUCGGCCAGCCGGAUAGCCGGCUGGUUGUAAAAACCCUUGCAUACAAUUCGUUGGCCUGGCCAAUCGACUGACCUGACAGCCCUGGUCCAGCUACCUGGCAGAGAGGUCAAGAAGUCACUUGAUAGACAAUGCGAGCCAUUGAGGUGAUCGGCGCCAGAGCCAGUAAAUCAGUUAGCGUUGGCAUGCGCACUGAUCAAUUUGCAAGCGAGAGCGUGAGUCGAGCUGAGAGUCAGGGAGAGACAGGAACUAGGAUACAUAACCGCCCGGUUAUAGAGAGAGAGCGAGUCCGGAGAUCGGGAUUUGUAUGAGAGCAAGAUGAGUUUGCGCUUCAAUCUGGCGCUUCUGCUGAUGUUGGCCAUGCUGACCCAGUUGGUCGACGGCAGAAGGAAGCUGUGUGGCGAUGCACUCAACGAGGCCCUUGACCUGAUAUGUGUUAAUGGAUUUUCACACAGAAUCAAGCGCGAUUCGGACCGAAGCCGACUGCUGCUGGUACUGAGGCAACAACUGGACACCGGCGAAAAGCCGCAGGCCCCGGCGGAGCGGAUCAAUGGGGCCGGCGUGGAGCGGGUGCUGAGACGUUCGCGGCGCAGGAUAACGCACAAGUGCUGCUGGAAUGGAUGCACCUACGACGACAUUCGGGAGUACUGCGCCUAACCCAAAGGAAUCGACUUGAUGACGACGAUGGCAACACUGAUGAUGGCAACAAUGAUGAUGGCAACAAUGAUGAUGGCAACACCGAUGAUGACGAUUUAACUGACGAAGCAAAACCAAAAAUUUCACUCAACUACAUUUAACCCCCUCUAAAACAAAACAAAAAUAUAUAUAUUUUUAAUUAAA